AUGGACCCGUCAUUCCACGAGGCCAGGUGGAAAUCCUUCCAGCCAAAGCCACGACAUUCCGGGUACAAGCGGACCAAGUUUCAGCGAAAGUUGGCCCGCAAUCCUUACGCGAGGGCUCUGGCCACGCCUGUGCGGAGAUGCCCAAUCACCAACACAUCCCUUCCCAGCUUUUUUCUGGAGCGCUUCAACCUCGUGUCCCAUCCCGAGACAGGAAAACCCUGGUUUCUGCCCAACCAUGUCAGCAAGGCCACACCGGCCGAGGAUGGCCUCUUGAAAGAGGGCCAAGCUGAGCAAGAAGCGGACAGCACAGCAAGCACAGCAAGCACAGCACAGAAGCCAUCAAAAGACGGCCAAGAGCCGGCGGCGAAGGGAUACAAGGGCUUGAAGAAGGGCCCCUCGGCAUACAUCCUCUCUCGCCAAACCCUACUCCAGGAGCUUCAAAACCCACAGUCCCCAUACUUCAAGGCUCAGCGGAGGCUCCUCCGCAUGAGCGACCACGGCCAGUCCAAACUCACGGCCGCUCUGAACGCAGCCACCUGGCGCACCGACAUGGACACGGUGCUGCUGGAAUUGCAACGCAGGCGCGCCGUUGAGGGCCUGCGGCACUUUGCGAACAUGGUCGAGGACGAAGGCCGAAAGUACAUUGUCAAGUGCGAGAGCUGGAAUGAUGUUAAGAACCUCAAGCACCGGGGAUGUGUGCUGUACUUGGGUCCGGCGGAGGGGGCGUCUUCGGAGCCUGGACCCGAGUACGUCCCGCCGAGGCUUUCAACCAUGGAUCUUGGGCCCCAUGGUGCGCCUCUUGUGGUGCACGACCUGCGUGAGCUUUUAGGCAAGGAAUAUCUGGCUCGGCUGAGGCAGGAUUCUGAGCUGCUGAGGAACGGGUCGCUGUUCAUGCUGGGCCGGCAGGCGACUGUCAACCUGCAGGGGCUGUUGUGGAAACUUCAGGGGUACAUGGCGUGGGGCGAACAACAAGCUACGUCAGGAGCACACAACUGGAAGUAG